CUGCCUUCGUGCUCACCUUCAUUCUGUUCUUCUCCGACCUGUUUUCAGCUUUCUCUACUUCUUCUAACUAUUUUCAGGAUUUUCUUUGGGUGUCACUCCAACUUCAAGGUUCCGCUCUAUCUCCACUGCAUGCGACUCGGAGGUUAUUACAUUUACCUAGUACUCUCGAUGGCUCAUCGUAUCCAUGUAUUCAAUAUUCAGGCCUCCGCUCUUCCACACAUCCAUCAGCCAGGGGUGACUUCGUCCGAGUUGGAUACUGAUAACCGUUGGUCUGUACUACUCUGUUCGUAUGAGAUCGUUUUUCGGGAAACCCAAGUUCGUUCGCUGGAGGCUUAUCACUAUAUUCUACUCAAGGAAUGGAUACAUUAUCCCAGGACGCGCUAUUUUCAGAACGACCUUUGCUUGAUAGCUGGUAUAGGUUCUUGACCAACCUUCGCACAAUUAUAUGAGAAAAGCGAUGACUCUGGCAUUUACUGGCCCGAAACUUAUGGCCCAUACUAUCUGCAAAUUUCUUCAGCACCCAACAUCUACCAAUGCCGCAAGCAU